GGGACUCUCAUCUAUUGUGAUCAAAAGCUCAAGGCUUUCUCGGUGUACUGUUUCUGCCUCCAGAAUAUACUAUCUCGAGAACAUUAUCACAUUUAAACAUGGCUCCUAUUGCAACAAUUCCGUCCACGGCACCACCUACGGUGGUUGGACCUGCAACCAAGAAGGCCACUCGGCCAACCAACAAGCUCCCCCAGUCAUUGAUUGAUGGAGCUUGGGUUCUCGAGAAGGAGACUUUCGAUCCUCAGAAGCAUCUGGGUUUCCAACCCCCAAGCAAAAUCCACACGAUGGAGGAAAUCGGGUUCGAAGGACGUGGCAUCUCACCCAAUGCCGUGUCUGAGCCCUUUCCUCUCUUCACCGAGGCAGCUAUCAAGCAAAUGAGAGCGGAGAUCUUCAGUGAGCCGGUACUUGAGAAGUGCCAGUACUCCUCGGAUUUCAACAAGAACAUGGUUCGGGGCAUGGGUCCUACUCUAGCCCCAUUUAUCUACGAUGCCUGGAAGUCGCCGGAAGUCAUCGCCAGAAUUUCAGAAGUAGCCGGAGUGGACCUAGUCCCGUCCAUUGAUUUUGAGAUUGCCAACAUCAACAUUUCCAUCAAUAAUCCGAACGCGGAAGUAGCUCUGAACGACGACAAGCCCCAAGAAGACGAGCUCUCUGCUGUCGCAUGGCACUACGACAGCUUUCCUUUCGUAUGCGUGACAAUGCUCUCAGACUGCACCGACAUGGUUGGCGGAGAGACCGCAUUGAGAACUGCCACGGGAGAGAUCAUGAAAGCCCGCGGGCCAGCGAUGGGCACCGCCGUCGUAAUGCAAGGGCGAUAUAUCGAGCACCAAGCUUUGAAGGCACUUGGAGGUCGAGAGCGAAUCAGCAUGGUCACCUGCUUCCGACCCAAGUCUCCAUUCAUGAAAGACGAAACCGUUCUCACCGGUGUCCGCGGGAUCAGUGACCUAUCCGAGCUUUACACUCAAUACACUAUCUACCGACUUGAAAUCCUGGAAGAACGACUCCGGGCUCGGUUGAAAACAGAACGGCAGCGCGAGCUGGCAAAGCGCCAAUACGACAUUGGAGAUGCGAGAAGCUUCCUAACCGAGCAGAAGGAGUUCUUAGAGUCUAUGCUCACUGAGAUCAUUGAGGUGUGA